UUGAACCUGCUUAAAACUUUUUGGAUGCAAACUGGACGCAUAGUAGUAGCAUCGUAUACAAUGACACCUCGAGAAAGACAGGAGAGAGGUUUCUGAGAUCUAAAGUCCUGGAUUCUCGACCUGGUUUUGGGACAACAUACUCUCUUGCUUCACGGUUUUUUUUUUCCCUUAUCGCAGAUAAGUGGCUUUGCUUCUGAUAAAACUUAAGCAUGGCUUUCUUUUUUGUUUUGUUUUGUUGUUCUUGAAUGCCGCGGUGCUUUUUUAUUUCAUUAUUUUGAAUUUUGGAAGUGGUUAUCUUGAUGAGUAUUUCAGUUUUUGUCUGAAGUUUUUGAGUUCUGGAGAUGGGUUUAUGAUUCUGUUUGGCUUCUGCGAAUUGAAGAUGCGUGCUUGAUGAUCUAGGUAGUUAAAGAAGGCAAAAAUAAGAAUUGGGUUUGCUUUAUUUUGGCUUCCUCUAGGUGAAAACCAUAUACUGUUAUCAAUUAUUUUUUUUUCAUAGCCAAGGUGGUGAUUCAAAAGGGGGCAAUGGGUUUAUAGGUGCGAUCUAAAUUGUUGUCGAAAAAAACAUGGAAGGGAAUUUGUCACAAGGAGGUAUGAUUCCAGGCGGGGCUCCUUUUGGAGGCCUCGACUUGCAAGGAUCAAUGAGAGUUCAUACUCAAGCACAGCAUCCACACACUAUGCACCACCAUCAGCACCCUCUCCAUCGGCAAGGAUCUUCAACCCUCACCUCAGUUGAAGAAGGUUUUCCACUCAGGAUGGGGUUCAUGCACAACUCUGAUCAAAACAUUUCCAUGACUGAUUACAAUAAAGGAGAUAGGGGAAAAAAUUCAGUCAGUGAUGAAGAUGAGCCAAGCUAUACUGAAGAAGGAACUGAUGGUCACAAUGAUGCAAUCACAGGGAAAAAGGGGACGCCGUGGCAGCGUGUUAAGUGGACCGAUAAGAUGGUUAGGCUCUUGAUAACUGCCGUGUCUUAUAUAGGUGAGGACGGGACUUCAGAUUGUGGUGGUGGGAUGCGUAGGAAAUUCACAGUUUUGCAGAAAAAGGGAAAGUGGAAAUCAGUUUCAAAAGUCAUGGCUGAAAGGGGCUUCCAUGUUUCUCCACAGCAGUGUGAGGAUAAAUUCAAUGACCUUAAUAAAAGGUAUAAAAGGCUCAAUGAUAUGCUUGGGAGGGGCACUUCUUGUCAGGUUGUGGAAAACCCUGCACUUUUGGAUGUUAUAGAUUAUUUAACAGAAAAGGAGAAAGAUGAUGUUAGGAAGAUAUUAAACUCAAAGCAUCUUUUCUAUGAAGAAAUGUGUUCCUAUCACAAUGGAAAUAGGUUGCACCUGCCUCAUGAUCCAGCUUUGCAGCGUUCCUUACAGUUGGCUCUAAGAAGUAGAGAUGAUCAUGAUAAUGAUGAUGCGAGGAGGCACCAACAUGAUGAUCUGGAUGAAGAUGAUCAAGAGAUUGAAACUGAUGAUCAUGAUGAAUUUGAGGAGAAUCAUGCUUCACAUGGGGAUUGCAGGGGCAUACAUGGGGUGUUAGGGGGUUCUGCAAAGAGGCCCAGACAAGGCCAGGGCCAUGAAGAUGCUUGUUUUGGGAAUUCAUCUCAGGAGCCUAAUAAAGGGUCGUCUUCUUAUCAUCCACAGGCUGCCCAGGUUGAUAUGAAUCAAGUCUCACCUGAAAGUUCAAGAGCAGUUUGGUUGCCGAAGCAGUGGAUGGAAUCCCGCACCCUUCAGUUAGAAGAACGGAAGCUACAAAUUCAACAAGAGAUGUUGGAAUUGGAAAAACAGCGAUUUAAGUGGCAAAGAUUUAGCAAGAAAAGAGACCGUGAACUAGAAAAGUUGAGGAUGGAAAAUGAGAGGAUGAAACUUGAGAAUGAGCAGAUGGCAUUAGAGUUGAAACGCAAGGAAUUGGGCGCUGAUUUUAAUUGAUUGUCUGGUCCUGUUGAUUUCGUUCAUCAUAACAACUGGACUUGCAAGCAAAUCAAUUUUGUGUUUAUGGUAAGCUGCUUCUGGAACUGGUGUAUCAUUUAGGAGGGGUAUCUAUUGAGAAAUUGUUACUCUGUCUGCAUAUAUUGUGUAAACUUAGGAUAGUCACAAUAAUGUCUCCCAUCGCUUUGUUUUGACACUGUAGAAUUAUCGUUGCCUAUGGUUAAAGAUAUUGUGGCAAUAUUUUUUUCCCCUGUCAUGUAUUUUGGUUUCAUUGAAGUUUGAAUAUCUAGUAUCAGCUUGAUGAUCCAGCAACA